AACAUACUCUCUCUCUCUCUCUCUCUCUCUCUAUAUAUAUAUAUAUAUAUAUAUAUACACACAACACAUAUGUUCAUCGUGGCGACAUAUACAGAGAAGAAGACACAUGUAGCUCUUUAAGAUCAAACACAUCAACAUAUUUAUACCUAAAUUUCUCUAAUCAAUCAAAAACCUUUGAUUAAAUGGGCAGAUUAAACCACAAAAAAUCCAACCUAAACUUUGUCACUAACACUUGGGUUUUAAUUAGAAUCACUUCUUGCUUUUCUUGAAUAAUAAAAACCAUCAUCAUAUAUACAUAUCACCAAUGGAAGCUUCUGAAAUUUUUUUCUAAAAUCCUGACCUCAUUUCUAUAAUACAAUCCUUAAUUAGAACAUAUUAAACCAAGCUAAUCAUGUCUAAUCCCAACCCGGCCCGAUCCGUUUCGUCUUUCCUUCCAUCACCAAGAUUCUUGAAUGCACUUUUUUCACCAAAAACCCUACAAGAUCAAUUACAAGAAUCAUCACCCACUUCAAUUCUUGAUGCAAAUCCAAAUUCUGUCAACAACCCAUUUGAGAUCACUAAAAAUGGAAUCAAACCCAUGAAAAUCUUGAAAAAAAUCCAAAACCCAGAUCACAAAUUUGAUCAUGAUCAUGAAGGUAUUGCUUUAGCUCUAAUUGAUGAUGAUGAACAAAAAGAAAAAUUAAAUGAAACUAUUUACCAACCAAAUAAUAAUAAUAAUAUUAGUCGGAAAGUUUUGUUUGCUUCAAAUCUCAAGAUUCAAAUCCCUGAAUUAAUCUCCGGUGAUUAUGGGAUCAAAACCCGGAAUUCACAGUUUUCCGGUACACCGGUAAAUACUCCAACCGGGUUCGGGUCUCCCAGGGUUUUUUCGGGUCCUUUGUCUUUGAAAGAAAUGGAGCUUUCUGAAGAGUAUACCCGGGUUAUAUCUCAUGGCCCGAACCCGAAAACAACCCAUAUUUAUGAUAAUUGUGUUGUGGAUUGUGGUUGUGGGGUAGUCGGGUCGCCCGAAUCGAAGAAGCCUGGUCCGAAACUGAGUUCGAACCCGAACCUGAAACCGAAACCGCUUUGUGAUGAUUUUUUAAGUUUUUGUCAUACUUGCAACAAAAAUCUUGAAGAAGGGAAUGAUAUAUUUAUUUACAGGGGUGAGAAGGCUUUUUGCAGUGAAGAAUGCAGAUGCCAAGAAAUGGUUUUGGAUGGAUUGAUGAUGAACUCAUAGAGUCAUAGUAACUAUGUGAAAAUGACUAUUGCCUCUUCUUGUUUCCAGUGUUGAUGUUACUAGCUUUGGAUCAUUGAGGAUAAAUUGGGAGUUUUGGUUUUGUAUUUUGAUUGGCUUUGUAAUGUAAAAUGUGGUUGAUUAUUUUGGUGUUUUUUUUUUCUUUUUCUUUUUGUUCUAAUAACAAAUUUUGGUUUAGCAUCCCACCAUCAUUGUAAUUGAUUUUGUAGAAAAAGAAAAAGAAAGUAGUAUGGUAAUGAUGUUAUCUUGGCUUUA